AUGGCGACAGCGGCAGCAGCAGCUGCCGCGGCGUUGCCCAGCGCAGUGCCGGAGGCAGCUCGGACAGUGGACAUGGCAGAGGAGGCGCUCCACGCCGGGAAGUGGCUGCAGGCGCGCAGCCGCGCCAGUGAAGUGCUAGCGCAGCAAGGCGCUGCGCUGGCGGACGUGACACGUGCUUUUUAUGUCCUGCUGCAAGUCGACUUCCAUGCUGGCAGGCUGACUGACUUGAAAGAGGCAUCCCAGUUCUAUGGCCGAGACCUGCAGAGCCUGCCAGUGACAGUGAUUCUGCUCUGGGGUGUCAUCGCGCUCGAGAUGGAGGCUGGUGCAGCGGCGCGCGCCGUGCUGGGGUCGUAUACCGCCCGCCUCAGCGAGGCUGCAGGCGCCCCCUUGCCGAGCGAAGACCACCUGGCCCUGUCGCGGCUGUACGCGGUCCGCGUGCUGCGCGGCGCGUGCGGCGACGCCGCCGGGGCGCGCGCGUGGCUGCUGGCCGGCGGGGCGGGGCUGUCGGACGGGCAGCGCCAGCUCCUGCUUACGGAGUUGGAAGAUACGGAGGCGGCUGCUCACGGCUGUUCAGAACAGCGAGAGCAGCAGCAGCGGGAGCAGCAGCAGCAGGCAGGACCGAGCGGCGGAUUGACAGAGCCGUCAAACGGCAACAGUGGCGGCGUGGCAGCGGCGGCGGCAGGCUGGGCCGAGGGGGGCUUGGGGCAGCCGGGGCAGUUCUUUACCGUUACUGGCGAGAUUGAGGAGAUAGAAGAUGAUUGGCCGACUCCUCCAACGUUGCCUGCAGCUGGCAGUGCCGCAGCUGCAGCGCAUGCGGCAGGCGCUGGGCCUGGGGGCCGGCGGGGCGGCGGUGAGGGCCAGGGCGAGGGGGGCCAGCAGCAGCAGCAGGGCGUGGCCACGCGCACGUGGGCGUGGGCGGUGGAGCGGGCCGGGCAGCUUCGAGCGGCGCCUGUGGUGCAGGACACACUCAGGUUGCUGCACCUAGAGGACGUGCCCGCAUGGCAGAUUGCUGGCGGUGCGGCAGCGGCGGCGCUGGUCGCCUUCUCCGUGUAUCGGGAGCGCCGCGGCAUUCGGCGUGCAGCGGUUGGUGCGGCCAGCGGCCUGUUGGCGGGCCUAUCGCAGGUUGCAGCAAUGGCGACGGGGUUCGAGCCAAAUGCAAUGGCAGCGGUGCCGCGGCCACAGUAG